CACUCUCUUUUCUUCAUGUUCCUCUCUGUAGGGGGGACCACUGCUCACAUUCUGAUUGGACAAUAAAACCGUCUCAUCUCCUCAAAGUAGAGAGCGUCCUCCAGACAUUGUCUACACUUCAAAUAACCACUGCAAUUCCAACAAAAUGACACGAGAGGUGUUUGCUCUGUGUGUGGCGUGUGUGCUCUCGGGGAGAAUGGGUAAGUUAUUUUCCAAUAAGUGCACUUUUCUGCACUCAUGAAAGCACUUUUUCCACUUUGCAUUCUGUGCCCUACAUUGACUUGUCCACUUUCCACACCUCCAGCUGUUUGGACAUCUGCUGAAGUGCCGUCGUCUUUGCGUGUUUUAUCAGUUACUGUUGGCAAAGAGGUAACGCUGAGAUGUAUCAUUGAAGACAGUCUUGUAGAGAUGAUUUACUGGUACAGACAGAAGGUAGGAGAGGAACCACAGAUGGUGUCAAACUUCUACAAACAUCGGAAGGAUGGCAAGUUGACUGGUGAUUUUGAGAAAAAUCCACGUUUCACUCUGGAAACCUCUGAUAAAAAAAACUAUUUGAAAAUUUCAAAUGUGCAACUUUCAGACACAGCUAUUUACUAUUGCGUAAGUGGCUAUUCACUGGUCUUUACGUUUUUGGAGGGCAUCACUGUGAUUGUGGAGGAUUCGAAUUUAAGCUUGCCAGGUCUGGUUUAUCAAUCAGCGUCUGAGAGAAUCCUGCCAGGACAAUCUGUGACUCUCAGAUGUACAGUUCACACAGCUGGAGCCUGUGAUGGAAAACCCAGAGUUUACUGGUUGAAGAGAGACAAAGAACCUCUCCCUCUCAUUUACACUGAUGAAGACGGGAGUGAGGAAUGUGAGUCGAACACACAAACACCCAUCUGUGACUACAACUUGAAACUGGAGGGUCUGAAUCUUUCUAACGCUGGGACCUACUACUGUGCAGUCGUGUCAUGUGGACACAUACUGUUUGGGAAUGGGACUACGGUGGAAAUGGAGGAUGAUGGCCAUUCCCUUGAUUUGAUAUCUGUCCUGAGCGGAGUUUUGGCAUUCACCAUCCUCCUGGUUGUUGUCCUGGCUUGUGCAGCAUACAGAGUCUACAAGACAAAUAGCUCAGACUGUCAAGCACGACUUGCAGCUGCUGUCGCACCAAAUAUGGAGGGUCGCCGAGAUGCAGAUAACCUCCAUUAUGCUGCUUUCAAGGACCCCAAUCGCAGCAGCUUAAGAAGAAGACAAGAUGACAGCGUGAACGAAUGCGUUUACUCAAGUGUAAAGUUGUCAAGCUGAACAUGAUGCACCUCUGUAUGUACUGAAUGUGAAGAAAAUAAAGUGCAAAACAACAACAA